AUGCAAAUACCCGAUUCAUUUGUUUUCAGAUUGUUACAUGGCUCCUUGAACGAGUUGGGACUCACCAAUAUCGCCGACCAGCUCAUCGAAGAGGUCCACAAAAAGGGAUAUCUUUUGGAAACCCCGGAUCACAAUUUGGUUAACUCCUCAAAGAAAGCCAAGUUGUUUGAGUGGAUCACAACUGAGAUUUUUAGGGGAAAUUACGACACAGUGUUGAACUACUUGAACAGCAACUUAGAUGUGUAUGUAACUGACGAAGAUAUUAACAGCGAUGUCGACGGCAAGCCCAACGUUGUGAGUAUCUUCAAUCAUAAACCUGACGCAAAGGAAGACUUGGUCCCCAUGGUUUUGACAACCACUUAUUUGGUAAAAAGAAUGUUCUUUUUGGAGAAGUUGAUUGAGUUUCUGUUGAGCAGACCUCUUUCUACCGCCGCCACCAACAAUUCAUUAAUCCAGUUUUUGAGUGAUGAGUUAAGCCCCAUUUUAGACUCGAUCAAUAUCAAGAACAAGUUUGUGCAAUUGUCAUUUGAUGAUAUCAUUCUUCAGAACCUUACUCGUGAGCGAGAAUCAUCCAACUUGUUGUCGUUGGUGAUGCACCUGCCAUUGGACGAAACUCAGAUCGAAAAGAUGGUUUUCUCAAAAGACUUGAUCUUUUAUAGCGUCCCACUCAAGAGCAGCUCAAUGGACUACUUCAACCAAACACUUAGAACAGUGUUAAUAAAGAGCCACCUUUCCAAGUUUUUUUUGAAGGACUUUUACGAAGGAUCCUUGCCGUAUCUGGAUUUCCAGUUUCCUCCAAACUUCCUAAACAAGAUAAUCGAGAGCUACACUUUGCAUAAUAGACAGGAUGCCCCUUAUUACUUGCCAUCUCGGUCUAUAAAACACCUCAAAGAAGGCUCUAAGACGGGCUUUGAAGACAUAGAGGAAGAGUUCAUUCCUCCAAUUGGUUCCAGUGUCAAUAACUUCUAUAAGCCCAAGUUCCCCAUUGAGUUGUUGCACAACUUGAAGAUACAUAGUGGGCAAGUGUGGGCCUGUAAAUUCAGUCCGCUGGGUCGGUUCUUGGUCACUGGAGCAGCUGAUGGACAGUUGGUGAUCUAUGAUGUGGUGAAUAAUUUUGAAGUUUUGGAGACUUUGGUGAGUGACAACACAAUGGACAAAAACUGUUUCGUCAACACCCCAUACAAGGUCAACAAUUCGAGUAAAGCAGUAAUAUACUGUGCCUGGGACAAAAACGAAGACUAUAUUGUGAGUGGUUCGUUGGAUACGAGAGUUAGGGUGUGGAAAGUCAAAGGAAUCAAAAGUAGAAACAGAGUUAAAUCACCCAGACGAGUAACUCGGUCCACCUUGAAUGAGUCAGGUGGUGAUGAAGAAGUCAAGUUAACGUGCUGUUUUAUCUUGGGGGAUAAGAUUAGAACGUGGUCAUGUGAGUUUCUUCCUGUCAAUUUACCAGUUCCUCACUUCAUCAUUGGUUCUCCAGAUAAGGUAUUGAAGGCCUAUGAUAUAUAUGGAUUUGAGUUACAUGAUUUCUACAGCAAUCCCUACACGGCUUCUCAUGAUGUCGAAGAUGUGUUGAUGAAUGAAGAAGAGGGUGAGGAAGAAGAGUCGGGUGAGUUGGACUAUACCGAAACCGGUGCUGAUACUUCUAGUUUAAGAUCAAGCAUGAGGCCUGUGUCUCGACCAUUAUCAAGGUCAAGCACUCAGCUUAAUUCUAUAACCAGAAUUGGCAGCAGCGAAUCUACUCCCUCGAAAGUUCCAAACAAGUUCAAUAGAAUCAAUGACUUGUGUAUCACUCCGGAUGGAAAGAUUCUCAUUACGGCCAAUGAUAACAAGCAGCUCGUAUUUUACUUGAUCCCCGAUCUACAAGACGUCGAGAGCGUGACCAAGAAGUUGGCAACUAUCUCAUUGAAAGGGAGAUUAACAUCUUGCACGGUGAGUUCGAAUGGGAAGCAUAUGUUAUUAAGCUUAGCUCCAGAUGAGUUGCAAGUGUGGGAUAUAGAAGAUAUCCUUGAAACUGGUAGACCUAUUUUGUCUAGAAAGCUCAUUGGCCAUAGCCAGAUAUCAUAUAUGAUCAGAUCUGCUUUUGGAUACUUGAACUUGAAUAAUGAGCAAGAAGAGUUGGCUUUGAGCGGAAGUGAUGAUGGGGAUAUCUACAUCUGGAAAAUCUCUACAGGAAGAUUGGUUUCCAGAGUAAGAGCGCAUGAUGAAGUGUGUAAUUCUGUCAGCUGGAAUACUGGGUAUAUUCCAAACAAAAACGGCCGAGAUUAUGGUAAGUUAUGGUGUUCGGUUGGUGAUGAUAAGUUGGUUAAAAUCUGGGGCCCUCCCAACUUUUAUGAUUGA